AAAUGUCACAUAUGGGUCGAAUUCCAUGAGCGGGGAGGAUGUCCAUGGGUAGUUUUUGCUUAUUUAAGUAAAUAAUUAACAUUGUGCGAAUGAAAGUCACUUCAAAAGAAGCCUGAACACAUUGGAAAUCUUCCAGGUCGCCACCAUGAGGCCACCAGGGAACAUUCUCUACAUCAUCCAGGGGGAGAUGUCUAUCCUCCUGACGGCCAUGCGCCGCGGUCCGCGCUGGUCCGGAUACAGCGCACAGCAGGACGAGGGCCAGGACAGCCUGCUGAAGGCCUUCGCGGAGCUGAAGGUCAUCCUAAGCCAUACUGAACACUGGGAGGACCUGGAUCCGUCGACAGUCAUCACUCCGUUCCUGAACGUCAUCCGUGACAAUGACACCCCGGGACCGGUCACUGGACUGGCUCUGGGGGCCGUCAACAAACUGCUCUCCUAUAACAUCAUAGACCCCAGCCUGGAGUCUGCCCCUGCGGUGAUGGAGAGUAUCGCCGACGCUGUGACUCACGCCCGGUUUGUGGGAACGGAGACUUCCAGUGACGAGGUGGUUCUCGUCAAAAUACUGCAGGUACUGAGGACUCUACUGAUGAUUCCCUCCGGGUAUCUCCUCUCCAACGAGUCCGUCUGUGAGAUCAUGCAGAGCUGCUUCCGACUCUGCUUUGAGCCACGGCUCAGCGAGCUGCUGCGCCGCUCUGCUGAGCACAUUCUGACCGACCUGACUCAACUGCUGUUCACUCGACUGGCCGAAAUGUCAGAGGAUGAUCAGACCAGCUCUCUGGCCCGGAAGCUGAAGAUGCGCUCGGGAAGUCUGGACGGGCGGGGGAAGAAGAAAGGAAAGUUUCCCCGGCUGAAGUACAGAAGGAGGCAAGGAGAAGGAAAGGAUGCGAUGGGAAAGGAACAGGGCAAAGAUGGUGCUGCUGUGUCCGGCGUUGUGAAGAAGCCCGACAGUCUGCCGGUGGAACCCACCACCACGGAGUCACAGUCGGAGGGAGGCGAACAGACUAGCCUGGAAACUGGUACACCCUCUGACAGAACACCUCUCGCCACCACACCGGGCGUCCCUAAGGGCGCCGUGGUCGAUUUGAACCACCUGGACCGAGUUCAUGUGCCGGAGACUGUACGUGAAACCCCGGAGGAGGGCCCGCCAGUGGUGCCAUCUACUGAAUCUACCGGGGAAGUACCGGUUGAAGAUGGGGAGAGUGUGACAGAAGAGCAGAGAAGUGGAGGAGAUGGAGCGGGGGAGAAUCGAGAGCCUGACGACGCCCAGCCGUCUACAGAGCAGCCUCAGGCAGCGGCCAAUGUCGGCCCGGAGGGGCCCGCAGAGUCCGCCGAGCCGCUCUCUACGGACGGUGAGGCCCCCUCGGACGCCGUCUCACUAUCGGGCGCCUCAGCCGAACCGCCGCCCGAUGAGACGGAGGAUGAACUGAGGGAGAACCCGCAGGGGGUGAAGUUCACGGGACGAGGAAGAGGCUCGGGCCCUCUGGUGCCCUACGGCUUGCCCUGUGUGCGUGAGGUGCUCAACUUUUUCGCCUCACUCACGUGCCCUCUGGAUCGGAACAACUCCGACUUUAUGAUCCACUGCGGGCUGGGACUGCUGGCGGUGGCGCUGGAGACGGGAGCCGAUCAUAUGGCCAGACUGCCCUCGUUGAUGGCGCUGGUUAAAGACGAGAUCUGCAGGAACCUGUUCUCGCUGAUGAACUCCGAGCGCUUGUCCAUCUUCUCGGCGUCUCUGCGCUGCGCCCUACUGCUCUUCGAGUCUCUGCGCUCCCACACCAAGUUUCAACUGGAGACC